AUGGAAACUUUAACAAUAGAACCUCAAUCAACUGUCAUUAAAGACACUACUAAUAAUAAUAAUAAUACAACUACAGAUAGUAAUAAUAAUCAAGAUGAUCAAUUAGACAAUAACAAUAAUGAUAGUAGUAGUAGUAGUGCAACUGCAUCUUCAUCAUUUGAUGUAUUACAUAUUAUAUAUUCACUUUCCAAUUGGUUAAGAGGUAUUGAAAACAAGGAGGAAUUUGAUGAAGAAGAAUAUAGAGUGAGAGAAAAGGAGUUGUGGAAGGACUGGGAAUGGGUUUUAUCGACGACCGAAGAGUUUGUACUCAAACAGAAUCAGAUCGAGAGUGAAAAGGUGUUGGGUGAGAUCAACAACCUGAAAAAGACUGCCUCCAAUCUAAAGUUGAAACCAUUCUUUAUCAAUCGUGCAUCAGAACUACUCAAACGUCAACCACAAGAUGAUGUUGAAACAUUAAAGGCUCCACUCGACUCUUCAAAAAGAUCUGCUGUCGUUGCAGCCGUCGUCAACAUUAUGGAAGAGGAAUGGUUAAACUAUAUAAAGGAAAAGCUAUUUAGAGAGGAAUUUUUAAACGAUAGUAUUAUAGAGUCUCAAGCUGCUGCAUUGGAAGAUUCAUCAUCAUCUUCUUCUUCAUCAUCACAAUCAUCAUUGGACGACCAAACUGAAUCAGCUGAAGAAGGUUGGGAAGAAAAACAAAUAGAAAAGGAAGAUCAACAAGAAGAACAAGAGAAACCAUCAUUACCAUCAAUCGAACAACAAACAAAUGAAGAAGAAAUUAAAGAUUUAAAAUUAGAUAGUACAACCUUUGAUAUGUUUGUUUUAAACAAAAACAUUAACAAAAUCACUUGGAAUCAAUUUAUUGAUAGUUUUAAAGGUCAAAAAUAUUCUAAAGGAAUUAAUGUUAGAAUGAAAGAUAUUGGGUUUCAAGCAUCACAUGGAUUUGAUGGUUCAUUAAAUUCAAGAGUUUUGGGUGAUAUAACUUGGUCGAUUUGGAAUACAUUGGCAACUGCAUUAAAACAAAUUAGAGAAUUGACAGUUGAAGAAUCCGAUGGUUUGGUUGAAAUUGUUUGUUCUCUUCAACCAACUCUUUUAAAACUUUGGUUAAAUACAAAACUCAAUUCAAGAGUUGGUGCCAAAAAUGAAGGUCUUGUUGUAGAAAAAUGGAAAAAUGAAGAAGUUUUAAAAAAGAAAAAAAUAUUAGAGUUAAAGAAAUCUGGUAAAUUAGAUAAAUAUACUGGAGAAAAGACCAAGAUUUUGGCACACGAAAGAAGAGAAAUCUCAUCGCUUCGAUCAACUUUGGAAAAGAAAUUAAAAUUACGAACCAAUUAA